CGUAAGAGAAGGUGCUUCUUCUGGAACUGGAGAAGAAGGCACCACCCCUCUUCUGAGGCAAUCUUACCCGUCCCUUUCUCAUUCCACCACCCCAGGCCUAAAGCAGGUGAUCUGAUAAGAUGUGGUAGUUUUAAGCACUCUGCUGAGAAAUAGAACGCUCAACCGGUCAGUAACCAGAGGCCUCCUACAUAUAUAGCAGCACCGUGGUGUCUUCAGAGACACCUUGAGCUACGCAUUAUCACACACGCUUUGAGUCACUUUGCAGAAGAUUCUGAAUAUCUGAUUCCACCUCCAUUAUGGAGUUUAGCGGGACGCAUCAAGCUUUCCGAGACCGCUGGGCAAAGACGGAUGAUGAGAUGUGCAAGCACAGUAUGUCUUUCCACUUGCACAAUACUCUGAGGAAGGAGUUCUUCGCCAGCUACCUGUACCUCCUGGAGCAGAUUCCUCUGGUGAAACUCUAUGCCAUGACUUGUGAGUACAUUAAAGGGGAGAAGCAGUUUUACUACAGGGCACAGAACUUCUACAAGGAUGUCCCGGCAUCAGAGGAGGGCAUGAUGGGAGAUUUUGUGGAGAUAUCAGAGAUUGACCUUGAAGGCUCAAGACAGUUCCUGAAAAAGUUUGUUGGCCCAGGAAUGGCUGGCACCAAGCGGGCACUAGACUGCGGCUGUGGGAUAAUUUUUAUAUCAGUGGUUCUGCCAGAUGUGUUGUGGGUGGCUGUACAGGAGACUUGCAGUGAAGUCCUGGAUCAGAGCCUGGACUGGUCUCUGAGCAAAACUGCUAAUUCAAGCGGUUUGGGCACAAAUAUAGAUUCGGGAGUGCAGGAUGGCUCAGUGAAUGUGAAGAGGGUAAUUGGAGCAAGAAGAGGGGGAUAA